AUGUCCGAUAUAACAAGCGACUUCCGUAUUAAUACGCAGGAAGAUAUUAACUUUGAAAUACCGUUGAGUAAUAAGUCAAAUAAUAUAGUAUAUUUUCCACAAUUAGUGAAACAAUCGGAACCAAUAAAUUCACCAUCUCGAUAUUGGGAUAAUUGUUUGGAGGAAGAAGAAACUUUAGAAGAAUUGGUUAUAAAAGAAACAGCGGAAUUCUUAGAAAGCUUGUCAAAUGAAAAGAGACCAGAGUCAGCAUUUUAUGCCAUAUCAAGGCCAGGCACUGCGCCGGGAUUGUUUGGUGCCGGUACUCUGCAGCCACCGGAGACCAUUUACAGGUUUUUCAAAUAUAAUUCCCCGAUGAAGGAAGCAACCGAAGUUAAGAAUAAUUUAGCUACCAAAGUCACAAAGGCUAGAACUCGUAAAAAUCCUAUUGUGCCUUCGAAUAAGUCAAAAGGCAAGAAAUCUAUGAAGCAUGAAUUUUCAAGUAAUGAAGAUAAAAUAGAAGGCGAUAAAGAACAUGUAAAAAAAUCAUCAAAACGACAACUAAUAGAAGCAAAAUCAAAGAAGCGUACAAAUAAGCCUAAACACUCUGAAUGUCUUAUACCUUCAAAAAAGGAAAUUGGAAUAAUGGAAAAAGUUCAAAGAAUCAUAGAAAAACAUAAGCGUCGCAAAGAAUUAAAAGAAAAGAGGAAUAUUAUCAAGGAUGGUGUUAACAACGCGAUCGGCUCAUCAUCAUCAUCAAAGAAUACACCGACAAAAACGAGCAAAAUGAAAAAGGGAAUUGAUGAGUCUUCUUCGAUCGGUUCACCAUCAUCAAAGAAUACGCCGACAAAAACUGUAAAAACGAAAAGAGAUUUUGAUGACUCCUCGAUCAGCUCGAUGUCAUCGUCUUCGAGUGAAUCUUCACCUAAAAGAAAGCGCAAGCCUGAUAGGUUUUCUAGGAGCUCCUCAACCUCGUCAACUGUAAAAUCAGCAAAGACUAGUUCACUGAAAAAAAGGUCAAAGAAAAAUCAUGGUAAUGACGAAUCAGAAAGCUCACCGGGAAAGGCGAUACUUUCCUCGGACUCGACGGUGUGA